AUGGGAAGUCCCCACGACAUGCGGUCAAAACCACUCCCGAUCAAAGGAGUCUCUGAAGCCCGAGGCUUUGGUGACCCCGAUCCCAGAACUAUCACUCUUCCAGCCCAUAUACGCGAAGAUCUUGCGUAUUCACGAGACAUUGAAAUGUCCAAUUUACAGGUGAAGUGCUGUAGAUUACCGGUAUCUAAGGGUGGCCUAGUUCUCCAAAGCGGAACAAAGGAAGAUUUCGCGAAGCGAUUGAACGUCAUUGAGAAUCCUGGAACGGGGCGUUUUGUUUCUGGGACGACAUGUUUAGCUCUGGCAAGGAGUGAUGAUUCUGUCGUUCCGAACCGUUACCAUUACUCCAUUUUAAGUCUUCACCAUCUUCGACGAUUCGCGAUUGAAUACGAGUUAGAUCCAGAACACUUUGAGCUUAUGGAUGAUCUUCUCAACGAAGCUCAAUCCUUAUGUGAUAAGAUUAGGCGUGAAGCUCGAGCGAGGAAUCCGCCGUUUCAGGAAGCUCUCGACGCGCUGGAGAAGUGGCGGCAAGGCCAGUACAUACUGAAUCUACAUGACGAAGAAGAAUCCAUCUCUCCCGUGAGCUCAGAUAAAUCCACUUGCUCUGAUCCUUCGGACAGGCAAUAUGACGACGAAAAUCUCCUCUUUCCUUUCAGUCCACAUGAGGAUGUUACCGCCGACCCUUUGAGCAGUCAAAUGUUGCUUGAGGCUUCACAAGUGACAUUGGUUAACCCAAUCACGGUAUACGCUAUCGAUGUCGCAGCUUCGCCCAAAGAGACAGGAGGAGAAACUCGAGAAGGCGAGAUCAUUAACACGGUGUACCCGCAGUCUCCGGACAAGUCGGUCAUAUUGAACGGACAUGAGAAUUCGAAGUUGCAAAACAAAGACUCGCAGGGAGGAUCUUUGAUCCUCAGGGCGAUGAGAGAAUCGCUAGAUGGUGGAGAAUCACCCAAGAUGGUAGAAGAAAGAAUGGUAGCAGAAGCUAUCGCAGAACCCAAAACCUCGGGAGCAGCAUCUCAAGUAUUGAAUGGAUAUAUGGACACCCUGGAAUUGCAAAACAAGCUGGAAGGCACGCAAAAGGUCAAUAAGUGGCUGAGCAACUGUAAUGAUUAG